AUGUCGAGCCUCGCUGGCGCCGCGCUCCCGCCCGUCAGCGUGCAGCUCCCGCGCCCAAGGCCGGCGAUAGCGUGGGCGGAGGCGUCCAGCGCGUCGCCCGCGCCGCGGCAGCCCUCGACGCCCAGGAUUGCCCGCGGGCGCCCCGUCGCUUGCAGACCGUCGGGCGGCCACGGCGAGGCUGCGCCGGGCCCCCGCGUCCUCGGCCCCUGCAGGAUCCGGAGGCCUCAUGGGCUCAGGCCUCCUCCUGGGCCUGUGGUGACUCUCCACGACCUCCUCGAGCUGAAGAGGUUCGGCAUGAGGAUCUCUGAGUCUCGCCCGGGCAGCGGCACGCUGGGCCGACGCGUGGCCAAAGCGUUCACGGCGCCCGAGGUGCCAAGAGUGGAGCUGGUCAGCAGCGGGGCAAGGAGCGGCCAGACGAGUGACACCGAGUCGGUGAGCGACACCGUGUCGACCUUCGACAUCUCCUGGGAGUCCCCGAGGCCUUCCGGGGUGGGCGCCGGGAUCCUGCAGGAGCCUCGCGAGCCCGACCAACCUCGGCGACGGCAAGCGCGACAGACAUCGAUGAUCUCGACGACCGUGAACCAUCUGGGCCAGAGGCCGCCCAACCUCGACGACCGCAAGAUCAUCCUGUGCUCCGCGGGCCCGAGGCAGUCGGGCAGCGAGGCGGUCGGGCCCGCGCGCCCGCCAGCAGAGGCGCCCGCCCACGUCCGCCCCAGCCACGCAGGGAGGUCGCUUUCGACGAGGCACCCGCGCUCCGCAGGCAGCUGA